AGGAAGAGAUGGGUGGAAGCCCCUGUUAGGCACCCAAAUCCCUUUGGCCCUAGGAGGUGGGGGUGCCGGAUUGAGCCCUCGGGGUGGCAGGUAGCCAGACAUUGGAAGGGGCCCAUUUUUCAGGCCAGGCCCAAUGUGGCUUUGGAUGGGAAGCUAGAAGGUGGCUUGAGGCCGUAUGGCCCAAGGCUGGAGCCUGCCUAGCACUGGUGCCAGCUGCUCCCUGGUACCGACAGCUCGCUGCGUCUGGCAGCCUCGGCCAAGCGGAGAGCAGGUCACUUCACCAGAGCUGUGCGCUUCGGGUGGAGCCUGUGCCCUGCUCCAUGUAGACGCAUCUUCCGUAAACUCUGGAGCCAGCCCAGCCUUGGGGAGCAGGGGCUCGAGGGCUUUCCCCUCUGCUUCUGUCUCCCCCCAGCACAGCCUGGGGCUGAAUCAGAGAGAAAAUCCCCCUUAUGUCACCUGCCCCAUCCCCGGUGCCUAUGCUGUGGCCUGCAUGGGACUCAGCAACUGGGCUCCCCCAUGCCACAGCCUCUAACGCUUCCUGCCUCUGCUGGAUUUCCUUUGCCAUCCUCUGCCCCAGGCUUGGCCCUCGCACCCCAGUACCCCUUGGGGUUACUCAUCCCGCUUGGGGUUCCCACAGCCCUUAGACCAGCUGCUUGGACGCCUAGUUCAGAGCUUAAAUCUCUCUGGCGUUAGAAAGCUCCUGCUCCUCUCAAGGGAGAUUUGGGUGACGUGUUAGGGAAACCUUUCUAACUUGCAGGGCAGGGAUGCUCUGGAGGCUGCAGGAUUCCCAUCAUUGGAGGGUUUCAAGAACAGGUUGGAUGGACACCUGUCAGGGAUGGCCUAGGUUCACCAGGUCCUGCCUCAGCACCAGGGGGCUCGAUGGCCCAUCCAGCCCUCUGUUUUUAGGAUUCUUGUCUGACCCAUGUAGUCAAAUAAGGGAGGUGUCUGCCUGGGUCACUCGCCCAGCUCUGAGUGGAGCACAGCAGCUGGUUCACAGCAAUGCUGCUGGCCAGUGGGCCACUGCAGAAUGCGAUUACAGGGCUGUAGUGGAAAGAGGGGCUGGGAUUUUGGCCAGACAUCAGCUCUGCAGGAAGGGUCUGGAAUCUUUAGUGCGCACACGUGCUCAGCAGGCCUCUGCUGCCCCGCAGCAGCAACCCCCCGAGGGCUCCCUGGCCCCGGCCUGAGCCAGCCGUGCCUCCUCCUGCACCCCAGAGCCACAGAGUCUGGGCCAACUCACAGGGGAGUGCUCCAUGCGCAGCUCCCAUCCCACUCCCCGAAGCCAGUGCUGACGGGGACUCCUGCUGGAAAAUCCUAGAGGUUUCUAGCACGUGUCCCCCUUAACUAGCAGCCACAGGGCCUGUCAUCGCUGCGCGCCGCGGGUGGCAGCUGGACACGCUCCCCUCCAAGUCCAGCUCUGGGUGGAUGCUGCUUAGCUCAAGAUCUACCACAGAGCCCAGUGUGAGCGGGUGGCUCAUGGGUAGGUCAGGGCCAUGGGGAAUCUCCAUCAUGCCCCGGCUGUGGGGCAGGUAGGAGCCCCGGGGCUGGCGCUCAGCUGCUUCCACUUGUGCCGGCGUUCCGGGAAUGCCGAGGGAAAGGUCAGCGAAGAGGGAAGAAGAAUUUGGGGGCGGAGGGGAAGAGCAGCCGUCUGGUUCCCGGCUUAGUCCUGCCGCGUAUGGAACGGGCCGCGGCAGGGGGAUUGCACGCAGCAUCACAGGCCUCGGGGAUAAAUCAGUGCUGGUGCUGACAGGAGAGCGCCCGGCGCCGUCUGGGACUGGGGCCGGGCAAGCACAUUCCUUCCACUCCUUCCUCCAUCGGCCGUGCCAAUGUCGAGCAGGGCGGCAAAGCCAGGCCCUGCCAGGCUGGAGGGGAAACACCCCUGAGGGGAGGGGGUUGUCUGGACACCUGGGUUCUAUUCCUGGCUCUAGGAGGGAAUGGUUGGAGGAGAGGGAGUCAGGACACCUGGGUUCUCUUCCCAGCACCAAAGGGAAGUGGGGUCUAGUGGUUCCUAGUCUGUGACUUCCCCCUCCUCAAUCUUUCACAGGGCUCUGGUUUUCAGAGCCCGGCCUUCCCCCUGCUGCUGCCUCCCUCCCUCCCCGCCCUCACAGCCCCUCAGCAUCUACCGCUGCCAUUAACAAUAAAGCAUUUUGAACCCCUAAAAGACUAGACACAGGUGAGGAAGAGGGACACUCUGGGGGGCGAGGCUCUGUUACGUAAUGAGGGGAUUGUAUUUUGACUAGACGUCCCCCUGGGGCUGACUCCUGGGAGACCACUCUCCCCGUGGCUGCCCCAAAAGCCGGUGGAACUUGCUGCUACUAGAUCCAGGCCCCGCCAUGGGCCUCACCUUGUACAGAGCCACAAGCGGAAUUCAGCGCUUCCCAGCCGAUCUCUGACACCUUGGAGCCAAAGAGAUGCUGAAGUCACAAGUCAUCAUCUUCGUGAUAGGAGGCCCAGGCUCUGGCAAAGGGACACAGUGUGAGAGGCUGGCUGCCAAGUACCAGUUCCAGCACCUGGGCAUGGGGAACCUACUGCGGGCGGAGGCCAGCGAGCCCACGCGCCAGGGGCGACAAAUCAAGGACAUCCUGCUGAAAGGAGCGCUCGUGCCUUCAGGCUUCGUCCUCAACCUGCUGAACGCCAACCUGCUGCAGAGAGAGGAGGCGAAGGGCUUCUUGGUCAAUGGCUUCCCCCGGGAGCUCAACCAGGCCAAGGACUUUGAGCGUGUGGUGGGGCGUCCUCCCAACAUCGUGAUCGUCUUGGACUGCUCAACGGAGACCAUGAUCCAGCGGCUGCUGCUGCGGGGCCAGACUGGCCAUCGGGCCGACGACCACGAAAGCUGCAUCCGCCAGCGGCUGGAGACUCACUACUCACUGUGCGAGCCCGUCAUCAGCUACUACCAGCAGAAGAACCUGCUCAGAAACAUUCUAGGUGAGGAGCCAGAAGACGCCAUCUUCGCAAAGUGCUGCUCUGUCCUCGACAGCCUCCGUUAGGCCAGGUGCCUGCUGCCCUGCCCAGGGCCGGGACUGUGUUCAAAUAAAGGUUCAGUUUUGGGCCCUGGCCUUACACCUGCCCUACCCCGACAGCCCUCAGCACCUGCCCCACCCAUGGGGCUAGGGCGUGAGCGCCCUCUGCUGCCCAGAGCUGACCCCACAUGCUUAAGUCAAUGGUCCAGGUCCCUUUGGACCUCCCCAGCCAGCGGCAUCAACUGCAGAUAGUCCACAAGCAGCCAAGGUGCCACACAGCUAGAGAGGCAGGGGCCCAGCUGCACACAAACGGCCAGCAGGAAGCCAGCAGACAAGGGAAGUAUCUGACAAGCAGGGUAGCUGGGCAAAGUGGGUCUGGCCUAGGGCAAAGAGCAAAUGACUCCGGGAGCCUCCUUACCCCAGGAGAGGGGAGAUGGCUACAGCUCCCCCCUCCUCCUCCAAAGCUGCUUUGAGUGAGGUGAACACAGCAGGGUGCAGUUCCCUGCUCUGCCUUCUAGAGCAGCCCAUUAGCUCACCAGCCUCCUGGCCUAACCCCUACCUCCCUACUCACUGGGGCAGUAGCUCCACCCCCCAGCCCCUGAAUCAGACUUGUGCCUUUCCCCAGCAGCCCCCUUUAGAGGAGCAGGACUGCAGGACAGAAGGGCAGGGACAAGAUAGCCGGGCCAGAGAGCGGGGAGGGUUUGAGGGACCAAGGAGCAGCCAAGAUGAGAUCACAUCCAUUGAAACACCCAGCUUAUUACCAAAAGUCCUUUUGUUUUUCCAAUCCAUGAAUUGAGACCCAGCUAUAUGUGAGUUAGGGGCACCCCAGCCAGACACCGGUUUUGUACAGAGGUCAGCUUCGAAAGAGACCUGCUUUCCACACACCACACACAGGGGUCACACAAAGCCGAGUCUUAAAAGCCAACAGCAAGGGGGGAGUGGAGAGAC